GCGGUCACAUUAGUGGGCAUAUGUUGAAAAAUGGCUGACACAAAUUAAUUUUCAAGUGAUUUGUUUUGUGCAUUUUCGCUGGUCUUAAAGAUGAACUUGGGGCAACGACGUUCAAAGCCGAUAGCCGAAUCAAUUAGAGCAAAAUGCUAAUUUAAUGCACGAAUCGAAACACUCUGAAAGAAAAGACUGCGCACAGAAAGAAUCAACCCAUCUAGCACGCACACACAGCCGCAAUGAUGAACAACCAUUUUCACUUGCAACACGAUCAUCCGCCGCAGAACGUGGCACAUCCGUUCAUGCAACAGCCAAGUGCCGCCGGCCCGGCAGCUCCUCCGGCCACCUACAGCUACUUAGCACAGCCAGCUGGCCAGCAACCGCAGUGGAUGACCACCACAUACCAGAUCCUGCCGCCCAACGCAGGACCGGCCACGGUGGCCAAGCGCUACUAUGCCACGACUGGGCCGCAGACCACACAUCCAACACAUCCCAGCACCAUCCAGAUCACGAACAGUUUCGCUCAGCAGGCCACGCCACCGAAGCAACAGGCGGCUACAAACUGCAGCCCUUUCAAAGCCAACAAUAUACGAAUCAUCUCGACGGCGCCGAGUGUAUACAGCCUGAACAAGUCGCCGCAGGACGCGCACUCCAUCUAUGCGCCGGUUCAGUCUUAUUACAUACCCAGUGGCGGUAGCCAAGCUGCGGGCCAAAUCAAUCUGCUGGCGACCAGCGGAACGGGCAAGCAGCUGCAGCCGCCGCCGCUGGUGCCUGUGACCAAUUCCUCCUCACCGCCCUCCACCGUCGUGUUAGACCGCAUAAACAUUUGCAUUAAUAACCACUACACGGAGACGCCCACUUCGCUAAGUUCAUCGCUUAGCACGGCCCAACAACCUUCGCCCAUCAUACCGGCCAUCCAGCACAAGGCCAUCCUGCCCCUCAUCGACAGCAGCACGGCGGACAGCAGCAGCUGCAGCAGCAGUUCUGUAUCCAGCAGCAGUUAUAGUGGCACCGCGACCACCUCAGCGGCAGUGGUAAUUGUGGAUGAGCCGGAUUCUACAACCACAACGCCACAGACACCACCAACUACGCCGGAGGCCAUGAGUUCACCCGGUAAAGAUUCGCCCUCGCCUCCGCUACUAGCCACGCAGUCGCUGCUCAAAGGCGUCAACUCAAUGAAGCCAAGCUUCAAGACCGUCGAAGCAGCACCGCCAACGCCGCCGACACCUCCAUCGCCACCACCACCAGCACCACCAGUUUCCGAUCCCUCGCCAGCGGUUACUUAUGCGCUUCAGGAGGAUGUCUUCAUCAAAUGCAACGAUGGCAGGUUUUACCUGGGGACCAUUAUUGACCAGACAAGCGAUCAAUAUCUUAUCCGUUUUGAUGAUCAGUCGGAGCAAUGGUGUGAACCGGAUAAGCUGCGCAAGCUGGGUGGUGGCAGCUCGGUCACCACUGGCGGAGGGGGUGCAUCAAGUUCGGACUCAUCAAAUACCUCGCCCAGUGGUCCCAUGUGCGUGGCCUGCAAGCGAUCGGAUAUAGAGGACGUGGUCGAAAUUUGCGAGCGCUGCGGACGUGGCUAUCAUCGUGGUUGCACCGUUGAAAUUGUUACCGGUAGCGGAAUUUGGAGUUGCAAGCGCUGCGCUAAGCCCAUGAAAAUGCAACAGCCCGUCAGCCAUAAGGUCACAAAACCUGCGGGAAUUUGCCGCCAGUUGCCCUACCAUGCGGAUAAGCUCAGCUGGGAUGAGAAGCAUCGGGUCAACGAAGAGCAGAUCUACUGCUACUGCGGCAAACCGGGAAAAUUCGAUCACAACAUGCUGCAGUGUUGCAAAUGUCGGAACUGGUUCCACACACAAUGCAUGCAGAACUUUAAACAAAAGCUGCUGCGCGGCGAUAUGUUCUUUGUGUUCUGCUGUACUGUCUGUAACAAUGGCACGGAGUUCGUUCGUCGUAUGCAAAUCGACUGGGUGGACGUGCUCCACAUUGCACUGUACAAUCUGCGAAAGCAUCAGCACCAGAAGUACCAUCACCUGCUUAAGGACAUUUGGCCCUUCAUACUUGAACAGCGCAGCCAGCUGCCUAUCUGCGAACAGUGGCGCACAUUGCCGGAGACGACACUGAUGGAGCGUCUCAAGCAAACCCUUAAGGACUACUCCGACAGAUUUGUCUGUGGCAGGGAGUUUAAAAGGGCGCCGGCCUUCUAUGCACUGCGACACAGUGGCCCGCCACACAUUCCCAAGGUGUUCCUUGAGCAGCACGAGGAGCUGUCCGAUGAGCUGCUCGUAAAAAAGUUUAAACUGAUACUCCUGGCCGAAGAGCCUGAAGGAGGAAGUGCCAGCGAACUUCCGAAAAGAGCUCCCAAAGAUGUGUAUGAGUUUAAUACAGAUGAAGAUGACCCAGUAGAAACCAGCGAGGACGAAAUACCCAUCAAACAGAUCAUAGAGAAGGCCAAAAAGCAGGCCGCUCAGAAGGCCGAUGAGCAUGAUGAGUUGCCACUGAAGCCGGACCUCGACGACGACAAUGCCAACGAUGGCGAUCUCGGCAAAAUACCAGCCCCCAUUCCACCGCUGCUGAACGCAAACAGCAGCCGCAAACGCAAGGCUUUCCGUUUGUCCAAACGCUAUGACAACAGCCGAAAUCACUGUGAUCUAUCAUCCGACGAGAACUCCAGCAGCAGCCGGGGAACCAGUUCGUUGGACCUCAUCAUACCACCGCCGGUCAACUUUUUGGGACGCAACAAUCCCUUCCUUAUGGCGACUCCCAAAAAGUCGUCGCAGGGACGAAGUAUCGGUGUGGGAGCUGGAGUCGGAGUAAAUGGCAUCAUCAACAGCAUUUUCAAGCUUAAGGGCACAUCCAAGGAGCAGCCGCGAAUGGUGCGCACCAUCAAGCGAAGACUGAGUGCCAAAGACAUAACUAUAGGGCCCAAUCAGGAAGUGCGCAGACGACGCACUCGUCGCCUGACCACGGCCAUUGAGGUCAUCAGCACCACCACCAUCAAUCCCAUACCCAGCCACUAUCUUCCUAUCUAUGCCAAAGAUCUGCAGCCACCCGCGCCGCCAAUGGGAAAGCCGACACACGGGCGCCUAUUGCGCCAGCGGCCACAGAAGCAGUCACCCAGCCAAAGCCGCCGCAACUCCACCAGCUCGACAGCAACCAGCAGCAGCAGCAACGGCAUUGGAGCCCCAGGACAUUCCAUGCUGGAUUUGAAACAGUCGGUGAACAAGUACUUUGGUGGCGCUAUGAAUCGCAUAGAUGCUGGUGAGCCCUUUGCCAUUCGGGCCAAGCGGCGUAUGGGAAAUGGACAGGUCCAGUACCUGGUGGAGUGGGGAGGAGAUACUGCGACAACGGCGAUUGGAUUGAUUGGAAACUGAACCCUUUGGCAUACCGACUCAUUAUUAAUUUUAUAUUUAUCAUUUCCAUUAUCAUUUCUCUUCGUUAUUAUGUAUUAAUGAUCGCUGCCAACUACGGGCCUCUUUAUUUGUUAAUGUUUAAAAGUUUAUUACCAACCCACUGCCAAAAUAGCAAAAGAAUGUUCAAACUAUUGGUUCAGCAUUAAAGCGAUAAAAUGUUAAAUGGUAAAAAAACAAAAAAAAAAAAUGCAAAAAGCUACUAAAUACAGGUUAUAAUUGUGCAAUGGCAGUUAAGUGUUGCAGCAAAACUUAAAAAAAUUUCCACAAAAUUGGUAAAAGUAUUAAAAGAUUAAUCUGGAAGCCUAUGUAACAUUCGCUGCUGAAUGAAAACGUAUUCAAUAAUGUCUAUUAAAAUGAAAAUUCAAAUAAGUUCAGUACUGUACUCUAGCGAUACGCCCAUGUAUAUUUUUGAAAAAUAUACAUUAAAAUGGAAAAACUCACACAAAUCAUGUCAUGCAUACAAAAAACACUUGAUAUACAUACAAACAAAUUAAAUAAAAUUUAGGACUAGUUCAAUAAUUUUCACCCAUAGACUAGGCAAACUACACACUAAUGAAUUAAGCCAGUACGUUUUAUGUUUAACUAUUAAAAGCUACGAAAAAUCAAAAUUGAGUUGAAAGCAAACAAAGUCUCAAGCCAAGUAAAUUGCUGGCAAACCAGAGCGAAAUAUGUUUAAUGAAGUAUAUAAUGCCCAAAUAAAUGUUUCGAAAAUGUCA